AGUUACAAAUUGAAGUAAUCAUCACUUUCUUUAAUAAAUCUUCCAUUUCCCUCCCCACGAAUUAACAGUUAUUAUUAUGUAACCCAUGACCUUCCAAUUUCAUUUUACGUUUUUCACUCUUCUUCCUAUAAAUUCUAUCGCAGGUUUCCACUCUUCAAUCACAACAUUUUGUUCUAUAUUCUUCAUCUCAAACUCGAAACAAUGGCGGCUUUCGUUUCCGUAACAUUAUUCGUUAGCAUAGUAGUAGUACUAUCAGCUUUUUCGCUUGCGGAAUCCAGACGUUCGGCAGGUUUUUCUGUCAAUCUAAUCCAUCGUGAUUCUCCGGUUUCUCCCCUUUACAACCCGAAAAACACUCGCUUUGAUCGUCUACGGAACUCGUUUCAUCGUUCCAUUUUGCGUGCUAGUCGUUUCAAACCCGCCCUGAUCCAAUCUGAUAUAGUUCCAGGCGGAGGAGAAUACCUGAUGAGAAUAUCAAUUGGAACUCCACCCGUCGAAACGCUCGCAAUUGCCGACACAGGCAGUGAUCUAAUUUGGAUCCAAUGUCAGCCUUGUGAAAUGUGUUACAAUCAGACAUACUCUCCAAUCUUCGAUCCGAGGCAAUCUACGAGUUAUCGGAGUGUAAUCUGCGGGACGAAAUUCUGCAAUGAAUUAGACAGCCAAGCUCGAUCAUGCGACGCCAGAGGAUUUGUCAGAACCUGUGGUUACACUUACUCUUACGGCGAUCAAUCUUUCUCCGACGGACACUUAGCCGUUGAACGACUCGGCCUUGGCUCUCCGGUCCAUUCUCAAAAAAUCGCAUUCGGUUGUGGAACUAAAAAUGGCGGCACAUUCGACGAGUUAGGCUCCGGUAUAAUCGGUCUCGGAGGCGGUUCGAUGUCGCUGAUCAGUCAAUUAGGUACUAAAAUAAGCAGAAAAUUCUCGUACUGUUUAAUUCCAACGUCCGAAAAAUCAAAUUUAAACACAACAAGCAAGAUCAGUUUCGGUACCGACAUUAAAAUAUCAGGUACUGAUGAUAACUUGGUGUCUACUCCACUGGUUCCGAAAAAACCUGACACUUACUAUUACCUAACACUCGAAGCAAUUAGUGUCGGAAACAAAACGUUACCAUACACGAACUUAUGGAACGGAAAUGUGGUGAAUGGCAACAUCAUAAUCGACUCCGGUACGACGUUAACGUUUCUUGAUUCCGAGUUCUUCAGCGAACUCGAACCCGCGAUUGAAGAAGCGGUGAAAGCGGAACGAGUUAGCGAUCCGCAUGGGCAAUUCAGUAUGUGUUUUAGAGAUGAAAAAGAGAUUGAUCUUCCGGUUAUUACUGUUCAUUUUAGUAAUGCGGAUGUGGAAUUGCAGGCGGUGAAUACGUUUGCUAAAGUGGAAGAAGAUUUGGUUUGUUUUACGAUGAUUCCGUCGAAUGAUAUUGCUAUUUUUGGGAAUUUGGCUCAGAUGAAUUUCUUGGUUGGGUAUGAUCUUGAGAAGAAAAGUGUAUCUUUUUUGCCUACGGAUUGUACUAAGCAUUAGUUAUUGAAACUAUAUGCUAAAUAAAUUAGAGUUUUGAUAAUUAAA